AUGCCGACAAGGCUAAAGAGUGUGGUGGAUAAACUAGUGUUUGUUAACCAAUCUGCUUUUGUUCCUAACAGAGGGCUUCAGGAUGGCGUUUUGGUAUUAAACGAGGUGGUAGAUUAUGCUAAAAGGAACAAUAAGGAGUUAUUCCUUUUUAAGGUUAAUUUCAAAAAAGCGUUUGAUUCGGUCUUUUGGGGCUAUCAACUAUAUGUCUUGAAAAGAAUGAAUUUUUGGCCCAAAUGGUUAGGAUGGAUUCAAGCUUGUGUGUGUUCCUCUUCUUUCUCGAUUUUGAUAAAUGGAAGCCCAACUAUUGAUUUUCAAGCCGGAAAGGAUCUCCGUCAAGGAGAUCCACUCUCUAAGUUCCACUAUAUUCUUGCAGCAGAAGGUUUGGCGGGCCCGCUGCGGAACACGAUUGCUACUCAUUAUUACCGUCAUUUUUCUUUGGGCGAUAAUAUUCAGGUUGAGCUCCUUCAAUUCUCUGAUGAUACGAUUCUUUUAGGGCAGCCUACAUGGGAGAAUUUGGGAACGAUUAAAGCGUUACUUCGUCGAGCUAUAUUUAGGUUUAUCAGUUAA